UUUGGCCAGAGUCUUUGCAUUUCGCUUUUAUUAUCGUUCUGCGGCGGCGACGUUGAAGAAAUUCCUGGCCGAUUUCUUCUUCAUCAUCCUGUGUAAAUAAUUGUAAUUUAAAUAAUCUAAAUUUCGUAUUUAACGAAAGCACACACACCAUCAACGAAAAUGCAGAUGCGAAGGCUUUUUUAAGUGCAUGUUUUGUGUAUAUUUUCAUCAUUAAAACGUCGUGUAAAUUAAAAUUCAUCCUAAUUAUAAUUAAUAAACUACAUUAAUAAACGGAAAUUCCACAAUUCUAAAAAAUAAAUCUGUAAAAAUUCAAGUUUUAACCAAUUCUCAUACGUAAUUAAAUAAAUAAAGUUCAGUUUUGUUAAGUCCCAAAAACAACAGCUGUGCAACUGUGUAAAAUAUUAUUCAUAAUUUUUGUGUAAAUUUAUGUAAAAAAAAAACAAAACCACGACAACCAAACCAAACCGAGAAAAUUAAUUUUUUUUAGCAAAGUGUGUAUGAAAAAUCUCAGCAAAGCCUGUAAAUUAAAUGUUAAAUAUAAUAAGCAAAAAGUGUGGUUUCUUUUACAACAAAAAACAAGUGUAAAUCCGAAGAGAAAAUUUGAAAAAAAAAAUUACAAGCAACUUUUGUGAAUAGCUCGAAUCGAAACGAGUUUAAAAACGCGUGUGGUCUUUUGUGAUUUGAAAGAAAAAAUCCGAUUAAAGUUGGCAAUACGCGCAAAAUUGUCAGCUGCGAUAGCUAGGAAAAGCCUCCAAAAUUGAGCUCCUAAGCGCGCCCACAAUCGCCAUAUCGACGCCCUCGCCGCAGCAGCAGCAACAACAGCAGCAGCAACAACAACAUCAGCAGCAGCAGCACCAGCAGCAGCAGCAGCAACUUUACCAGCAACAUCAACAGCAGCAGCAGCAACAUUACGGUCCACCACCGCCCUAUUUUCAACAGCUACACCAGCAACAGCAACAGCAGCAACACCAGCAGCAGCAGCAGCAACACCAGCAACACAUGAAGUUUUUGGGUGGAAACGAUGAUCGCAAUGGCCGCGGAGGCGUCGGCGUUGGCACGGAUGCCAUUGUGGUAGGAUCUCGCGGCGGGGUUUCCCAGGAUGCCGCCGAUGCAGCUGGUGCCGCCGCAGCCGCCGCCGUCGGCUAUGUCUUCCAGCAACGCCCGUCGCCGGGCGGAGUGGGUGGCGGUGUGCCCGGAGUGGGUGCCGUCGGCUCGACCUUGCACGAGGCCGCUGCCGCCGAAUAUGCCGCCCACUUUGCCCAAAAGCAACAGCAGACGCGAUGGGCGUGCGGCGACGACGGCCAUGGCAUUGAUAACCCGGACAAAUGGAAGUACAAUCCGCCAAUGAACCCAGCCAACGCAGCUCCGGGCGGACCGCCUGGAAAUGGCAGCAAUGGUGGACCGGGCGCCAUCGGAACCAUUGGCAUGGGCAGCGGACUGGGCGGAAUGGGAGGCGGCGGCGGAGGCGGUGGAGCUGGAGGCGGGAAUAUCGGUGGCUCCGGCACCAACGGUGGUCUGCAUCAUCCUUCGAUGGCCGCUGCUGCAGCCAAUAUGGCCGCCAUGCAGCAGGCAGCGGCGGUGGCCAAGCACAAUCACAUGAUGUCGCAGGCCGCGGCCGCCGUUGCGGCACAGCAGCAACACCAGCAACAUCCUCAGCAGCAGCAACAGCAGCAGCAGCAGGCUCAGAACCAGGGACAUCCGCAUCAUCUGAUGGGCGGUGGCAACGGAAUGGGCAAUGGCAACGGACUGGGCAUCCAACAUCCCGGCCAGCAGCAGCAGCAGCAGCAACAACAGCAGCAGCAGCAGCACCCCGGGCAGUACAACUCGAAUAUGCUGAACCAUGCCGCUGCCCUGGGGCACAUGUCAUCGUACGCCCAGUCCGGCGGCAGUAUGUACGAUCACCACGGCGGAGCCAUGCACCCGGGAAUGAACGGGGGAAUGCCCAAGCCACCGCCAAUGGGUCCGCCCGGAGCCGGAGGACCGCAGGACUAUGUCUACAUGGGCGGCCAGACAACGGUGCCCAUGGGCGCUGCCAUGAUGCCGCCACAGAGUCAAUACAUGAACAGCUCCGCUGUUGCAGCUGCCAACCGGAAUGCAGCGAUCACAACAUCCACUGCCAAGAAAUUGUGGGAAAAGUCCGAUGGCAAAGGCGUGACUUCGAGCACUUCGGGAGGACCUCUGAAUCCCCUGCAGAUCCCUGGCAUCGGGGAUCCCUCUUCGGUGUGGAAGGAUCACACCUGGUCCACACAGGGCGAGAACAUCCUGGCCCCGCCCCCUUCGCGAGCCUACGCCCAUGGAGGAGCCUCCGAUACUUCGAACAGCGGCAAUGCGGGCAUUCUGAGUCCCCGCGAUUCGACUUGCGCCAAAGUAGUUGAAUACGUUUUCAGUGGUUCGCCCACCAACAAGGAGAGCCCUCUUUCCGGAUUAGAGCCGCGUUUGCGCAAUCUGAAGUUUGACGACAACGAUAAGUCACGCGAUGACAAGGAAAAGGCCAAUUCUCCGUUUGACACAAACGGAUUGAAGAAGGACGAUCAGGUCACAAACACAAAUGGUGUUGUCAACGGCAUUGACGAUGACAAGGGCUUCAAUCGCACUCCUGGCUCACGUCAACCGUCGCCGGCCGAGGAGUCCUUGCCACGCCCCCCGAAUCUACUCUUCCCCCCGUUGCCGCCCCCCUUCAACCACAUUCUCAUGGACCAUGGCCAGGGCAUGGGCGGUGGACUGGGCGGGGUCGUCGGAUCGGGCAACGGUGUGGGAGGAGGGGGCGGCGGAGGCGGGGCGGGCGGAGCAUAUGCGGCCCACCAGCAGAUGGCCGCCCAGAUGAGUCAGUUGCAGCCGCCGAUGAUGAACGGCGUUGGCGGUGGAAUGCCAAUGGCAGCUCAGUCUCCGAUGUUGAAUCACCAGGCAGCUGGACCCAAUCACAUGGAAUCUCCCGGAAAUCUCCUGCAACAGCAGAAUUUUGAUGUUCAGCAACUGUUCCGCUCGCAGAACCCGAACCUUGCUGCAGUUGCCACAAAUGCGGCCGCCGCAGCAGCAGCCGCGGCAGCUGCCACAUCAGCAGCGAGUGCUGCUGCAGCGGUGGGCGCUGCCCCCGUGCCGAAUGGCUCGCUGCAGCAGUCGCAGCAGCAACAGCAGCAGCAGCAACAACAGCAGCAACAGAUGCAAAUGGCGGCCGCGUCGCAACAGUUUCUGGCCGCCCAGCAGGCGCAGAAUGCCGCCUACGCCGCCCAGCAGGCCACGCCCUACGUCAUCAAUCCGGGACAGGAGGCGGCCCCGUACAUGGGCAUGAUUGCCGCCACCCAGAUGCCGCAGUACUACGGCGUCACCCCGUGGGGCAUGUAUCCGGGCAAUCUGAUUCCGCAGCAGGGCACGCAGCCGCGCCGCCCCCUCACCCCCUCGCAGCAGGGAGCCGAGAAUCAGCCGUAUCAGGUCAUCCCGGCCUUCCUCGAUCCUACGGGCUCCUUGUUGAUGGGAGGACCCCGCACCGGGACGCCCAUGCGUCUGGUUAGCCCCGCCCCCGUUCUCGUGCCCCCGGGCGCCACCCGUGCCGGUCCCCCGCCCCCGCAGGGCCCACAGCUCUACCAGCCGCAGCCGCAGACGGCCCAACAGAAUCUCUAUUCGCAGCAGAACGGCUCCAGUGUCGGAGGCCUCGCCUUGAACACGAGCUCGCUGACGGGUCGCCGCGACUCCUUCGACCGCAGCACCUCCGCCUUCAGUCCCUCGGCGAUGGACUACACCAGCAGCGGUGUGGCGGCGGCCGCCAACGCGGUGAACAGCACAGUGGCCCAGGCAGCAGCAGCGGCCGCAGCAGCCGCCGCCGCCGCAGCGCGUGGCAAGUGGCCGGGAGCGAUGUCGGGAGCGGCGGGCGGAGCAUACGGAGCCCUCGGAGCGGGCAACGCCUCGGCCAGUCCGCUGGGCGCUCCGCUGACGCCGCCUCCGUCGGCGCAGUCCUGCCUCCUGGGCAGUCGGGCACCGGGCGCCGAGUCCCGCCAGCGGCAGCAGCAGCAGCAGCAGCAACAACAGCAGCAGCAGCAGCAACUGGCCGCCGUCGGACUGCCGGCCACUGCAGCAGCUGCUCAGGCGGCGGUGGCAGCGGCCGCCAACAACAUGUUCGGGUCGAGCAGCUCGCUCUUCUCGAACCACCUGGCUCUGCCGGGAACCGCAGCGGUGGCAGCGGCGGCGGCAGCAGCAGCGGCGGCCAACUCGCGACAGGUGGCCGCAACGGCAGCGGCUGCGGCGGCCGUGGCGGCUGCCGCUGGCGGAGUUGGCGGGGCCCCGCCGCCGGGAAGAUCUCGCCUCCUCGAGGAUUUCCGCAACCAGCGGUAUCCGAAUCUCCAGCUCCGCGAUCUCGUCAACCACAUUGUGGAGUUCUCGCAGGACCAGCACGGCUCGCGGUUCAUCCAGCAGAAGCUGGAGCGAGCCACCGCCGCGGAGAAGCAGAUGGUGUUCAGCGAGAUCCUGGCAGCGGCCUACAGCCUGAUGACCGACGUCUUCGGCAACUACGUCAUCCAGAAGUUCUUCGAGUUCGGCACCCCCGAGCAGAAGAACACGCUGGGCAUGCAGGUGAAGGGGCACGUGCUCCAGCUGGCGCUGCAGAUGUACGGCUGCCGGGUGAUCCAGAAGGCCCUGGAGAGCAUCUCGCCGGAGCAGCAGCAGGAGAUCGUGCACGAGCUGGACGGACACGUGCUGAAGUGCGUCAAGGACCAGAACGGCAACCAUGUGGUGCAGAAGUGCAUCGAGUGCGUCGACCCCGUGGCGCUGCAGUUCAUCAUCAAUGCGUUCAAGGGGCAGGUCUACUCGCUGAGCACCCAUCCUUACGGCUGUCGGGUGAUCCAGCGGAUCCUCGAGCACUGCACCGCCGAGCAGACCACUCCCAUUCUGGACGAGCUGCACGAGCACACCGAGAACUUGAUCCAGGACCAAUAUGGCAACUAUGUCAUUCAGCACGUGCUAGAACACGGCAAGCAGGAGGAUAAGUCCAUUCUGAUCAACAGCGUUCGCGGCAAGGUUCUCGUGCUAUCGCAACACAAGUUCGCCUCCAAUGUGGUGGAGAAAUGCGUCACCCAUGCCACUCGUGGCGAACGCACUGGUCUCAUCGACGAGGUCUGCACCUUCAACGACAACGCAUUGCACGUGAUGAUGAAGGAUCAGUAUGCCAACUAUGUGGUCCAGAAGAUGAUCGAUGUGUCGGAGCCGACGCAGCUGAAGAAGCUGAUGACCAAGAUCCGGCCGCACAUGGCCGCCUUGCGCAAGUACACCUACGGCAAGCACAUCAACGCCAAGUUGGAGAAGUACUACAUGAAGAUCACCAACCCCAUAACGGUGGGCACAGGCACCGGCGGCGUGCCGGCCUCCUCCUCGGCGGUGGCCGUCAGCAGCGGAGCCGGAGCUUCGGCGUCGGUUACCGCCUGCACCAGUGGCAGCAGCACCACCACCACCAGCACCACCAACAGCCUGGCCUCGCCCACCAUUUGCUCGGUGCAGGAGAACGGCAGCGCCAUGAUCGCGGAGCCCUCCUCGCCGGACGCCUCCGAGUCCUCGUCCUCGGUGGUCUCAGGAGCUGUGAACAGCGGCUUGGGUCCCAUUGGACCCCCCACCACCGCCAACGGUGUGCUGUAAACAGAAAACAGAAAAAAACAAAAACUAACAAAAAAAGAAACAAAAAAGAAAAAGAAAACCAGGCAGUCAAAGGAUGGAUGGGCAGAAGCCAUCUGAAACAUCCUUCUCGAAUCGCAGAAUAGUUUUUAGGAGCCGUAGAGCUAAAGCAUACCAUAAACAAAAGUACAUAUAAAUGUAAACUAAUUUAUUAAAAAGCAGCGAUAAAUGGAGCUGCUCUCGGAGAUUUGUAAAGAGAACAACACACACGCGCCAAGCUAAGGAAUCACGCUGGUCAGCUAAAAGAAAAGCAAGCAGCAUGAAACUGAAACUAAAAUUUGUAUUUUUACGAACAAAAAAGAAUAACACUCUCACGAAAGAAGAUUUCAAAAUAUUUAUACAAUGCGCUCGCAUGUUUAAUUUGUAAAAAAAAAACACAAACACACAAUGAUGAAGGAAAACAGAAAGCGUGAUUAAACGCGAAAAAGAAAACACAAUGAAUGUAAAGUAAAAUGUCGAGGAAACCAUUUUGUCUGCGUACACUUUCGUUGUAACUUUGUAUAAAUUAAUGAUUAUAUAGCAAGUCUAUCUGUAAAUGAUUAACGUUUCGACUGUAAAUUGAUAAGAGGACAACUGAAGAGCCGGCGAGCUAAGGAAUGAAGAACGUAGAAGAGCGGGCUGCAUGAAUAGGCCUAGAAUUUAUAAGUGCAGACAGAGGAACCAUUUCAAAUAAAAAGAAAAACAUACAUUAUUACGAGGGAUAAACAGCAGAAGCCACACUUAGUGUAGUAUGUAGAUUAAAACUGUUUUUGGAGCCAGCAGCUACCAAGACACUAUGAAACAGAGACACACGAGACACGCCCACGCCCCCUCACGCACACUCGGAUGCAUACACCCACACAAUGAACGACUCUUCAGCCCAUUCACGUUGCUUUUGCACUAUGUAAAAAUUUUGUAUAAAAAAAACCAAACUACAAACCAUGUAAACCAUGUAAUUUUCAAAUGUUUCACUGUAAAAUGUAUACAUACUAUAUUUUGUAAAUUUUUUUUAAGUCGCAAGUAACUCAUACAUAUUCUAUUCUAAACUGCACGCAUGUAUUUAUAAUUUUAUACAUAUUAGCUGGCGUCCGAUCGUCAAGGAUCUGCAGUGAUUUUGGUGCGUUGGUGCGCCAGCUAAAACAGAACCUGUUAGUCAAGUAAGCCCCAACUGAUGAUUGGAUUUUAAAACUUUAACCAUUAAAUAAACAAAAUUUUUUCCAAAUUAUUCCGCCACCCGUUUACGUUUGCUAGCCCACCUUAAUGUAUGAUAUAUGUAUAAAUAUGAUUUUAAUGAAGAAUUUGCUUUCUCAACCAUCUGCACACUGAUCAAAAUCAGGUGGAGAGUUACCUUUGUUAUGUUAGACAGAAAGCGCUUGUUGCUCCCUGCGAAGCUUGAAAUGCAUUCGCUGUGCGGCAAAUCAUUAAAAUGUUAGCCCUUCCUUCACGUAAGUGUAUAAAUUGUUUUAAAACGUCAUCGAAACACUUGUAAAUUGCAAACAAAAAUUGUAUAUGUAUACAUACGAACGAAUAUUGUAAAAAGUAACAAUACCAAGAAUUUUGUACAUUUUUGAUAUACAUUUAGACUACUUCGCGACGCCUUAUUCCAAAUACUAAAAUACUGAAAAUAUUGAAAACGAGAGAUGGUAAGAAAAACGAAUUUAGACUUUUUUGUCGGUUUCGUCGAAACACACAAAAAUCCAAUGUAAAACAAUUUUUGGAGAUCAAUGUAAAGUGUAUUAUGCAUAUUUUUGUACACACAAAUUCGUUGUCGUGUCGUUGUUGUUGUCGUCGUCACCGUCGUCGUUGUCGUAUUUUGUAUAUAACAAGCAAAGGAUACCAAUCAUUGAACAUUUGUAAUUUUCUGUACAUUUCCCCCGGCCAAACACUCACACACACACACAUCCCGUAAACCCGUUCCACCCAUAAUCAUCCCACAUAACCCCUAUACCCGUAUUAUCCUGUCUCUGUACAAGUGAGCGCAUUUCAAGCAACGGCGCAAGCAGGGCUCGGUAUUAUUUGUUUGGUAUUUUUAGUUAUUAACUUGUCAACUGCCUGUCUCUAGAGCGCAAUGCACUGAUAAUUUUAAUUUAAAUAAUCCAUAGAUGAAGAUUGUAUUUAGGAUUCUCGAGUUCGAUACGGAGUGAACAAUGCAAGUAGAGAUGCUUUCUGUAGACUAAACAUGCUACACGCCGUGUACAUUUGACGUGUAAAAUACACAGGACACCCACACUCACACUAACACCUACACACAACACACACACACAACACACACAAACUCAAAGGACACAGCAAGCUGCUUAGCUGUAGUAGUUAGUGUAAGCCAGCAAAUCCCUAUAAAUAUUUAAACAUACAUAUAUACACGCAUAUAGAGUUAUGUACUACACUUAGUUUUGAACUUGACGUGAGGCAACGUUUUUAAAAAUGUAUAUGUAAAAUACAUGUGUAGAGUAGCGGAAGUGCUGUGGCACAGUGAAAUUUACACGUAAGCUGGCGUAUUCUACACACGCCCAGUUUUUACAGUAACAAUUUUUUGCACGCAUGAAGAACACUUGAGUAUACAAGUCGAAAACUAAAAAACUAAAGCAAAUUCCAAUUUAAAUGGAUCAACAUUAAACAAAAAGAAUUGUAAACAAUGUAACUUAAAUUGUACGAGAAUUCCCUGUAAACUUGUAACGAAAAGCGAAGCGGGCAAGCAAUUUUUGCAUGCCAAAGGCCAACUCGGCCGGGCAUUUUAAAUUGCAAAAAGAAAAGCAAAACCUGGCUGCAGCAAAUUGUUUAAAUUUCUUCGCCAACAAAAUUGUAAAAACAAAAGUAAAGCCCAAUACUGAAAAAGGGCCUAAACAUAACCAAUAUAUAAAGUAAAAACUAAACAUACAGCAGAAGCAGAAAUUUGUAACAUUUUUUCGAAGCAGAACAUUGUAAACUAAGCUAAGGACAUAGCUAAAAACCAUACUCUAAAUAAAACAUUUGUAAUUUGUUGUAAAAAGGAUGUAAGGAAUGAGGGAAGUGAAAAAUUUAAAGGCAUGAAAUGUGCUAGAGCUGGCGUCAAGUAAAACUAUAAAUUAUAUAUAAAUAUAAAUAUAUAUUAAAGCAUAUACAUACAUAUAAAUAUAAAUAUACAGUAAAUAAUUAAUUACGAGAAUAUUUUGUAGUUACACACUCGAACACACGGAAAAAUUCAAAUAUACAAACAGAGCGAAACCUUUAGUUUUGUAAACGGCGAGCGAUUGGCACAAGUUAUAUAACUGAAAUUUGGACAGCAUUGCAUUCGAGCAUUUGAUUUAACUAUGCAUUAGACUCUUAUGUUUAUUAUUAUUAUACAAAAUACGAUUAAUGCUAAUUUCUUUGUGAAAAAAAUAAAACAAGUUUAUUAUGUAGCAAAAA